AUGGCAAAUGAGCCUCAGAAUUUAAGCUUGGAAGCAGCUUGCAAUGAGGAAAGGUUUCUUGGAGAAGAUGACAAGUUUUGUGCAGAGUCUGUAGAAUCAUUACUUGAUUUCGUCAUUUCAAAGUUGGGAAAGGACAUUGAAGCACUCACAAGCUCCUUUGUGCCUCAUCAAACUCAUUACUCAAUAUUGGCGGGCGUACAGAAGGUUUCUAUUCCCAUGAAAACCACUGAUGGCACAAGAACAAGCAUUGUGGCUAUUUGCCACUGUGAUACAAGAGCUGUGGAACCCCAUAAGUUGUUUCGUCAACUCAAGGUCAAGCCAGGAACAGUGCCAGUUUGCCAUUUCUUGGGCUCAGGAACCAUUUCAUGGGUUCCAAGAAACAACAAGCUCAACGCUGCUUACUAA